AUGCCUAAAGAUUACCGCGGCACAAGUGGAGGUCACCAUCAGCACCACUAUACCCACCAACUGUCGAGUGCCAUGGCUGCCUCCCCUCUGUACGCCCAGCAGCAAGCGCAGCGCGUCCAGGUGCCCGCCAGCUAUUACGCCAUCCCCCCCGGGCCCGACUCGGCGCCAUUGCAGGCCCCGGCGGCGCAGCAAGCUUCAUACGCGGGCUACGCCGCCGAGGCGUCGGCCGUCCUGCCGCCGUCCCAGCACCGCCCAUCCUCUGGCGCCUGGACCGUCCAAGACGACAACCAACUCGUCACCGCGCGGAUGCAAGGCCUCAACUGGGGCCAGAUCAAGGACGCCCACUUUCCUUCCAAAAGCGCGAAUGCCUGUCGCAAGCGCCACGAGCGCCUGAUGGAACGCAAGGGGGCAGACGACUGGGACAUCAGGAAGCUGCAACAGCUGGCCAGGGAAUACAUGGCGAUGCGAAAGGAGAUUUGGAGUGGGCUUGCCGCCCGUACCGGCGAGAGGUGGAAUGUCGUCGAGGCAAAGUGCAUGUCCAACGGCUUAAAGAAUCUACAAAGCGCCGCUCGCGCAGCUUCGCGCCGAGAUCGCCUCGAGACAGGCUCUCACAUCACAGGGUAUGACGACGAUAGCGGCAUUUCCGGCAUCGGCCUGACUCCUGUUGAUGAACUAGACGCAUCCUACAGCAGUCCUGAGACGGGCUCCUCGGCCGGCGCAGCGCUUUCCUUGUCGUCGAGUUCGGCCACCACUGGCGUCGACUACUACUUGCAGGCGGCGCGCGGCGGCGCGGCAGCAGCCCGUGCGCACCCGCCUUCUUCCGGCACCGGCGUCCACCCAGCAUCCUACGCUCUUGGCGCAUACGGCGGCAGCCAUCACUGGUACUCGUCAAGCGUAAGGUCAUCGGCGAGCUUGCGACACCGAUACGUUUCGCGGGGCAGCAGCCCCUACAACAUCGAUAUGCACAGGUUACCAAGCGGAGAAUCGGGCGUGGACCCCUUGAUCGUUCGACCUAGCGGUGGAAGAGCAUGA